AUUCAGUUCACAGUUCUGUGAAGGCGAUAUGAAAGAUGAAUCAAAGAUCAACAGAUGAAGAGAUAGUAGUUCUCUAUAACACUCAGAAAAAAGGAUGUUUUCUGAGUUCUUCAGCUUCAGUCCCAGCUUUACAGCCAUAACCAGGCCAACUCUACAACUGAAAUCACCAGCACGUUGAAGUCCAAAUCGAAAAGGUGUUUCUUCUUCAAAUUCUAUGUCCCAAAGCUUCCACUAACACAUCAAAUCUUCAAAGGGGCAUGAAAGAUUUGUGGUGACAAAGCACAUAGGAGGCAGUAACCAGAAGGAAAUGUUAAGAGUGCAAGGCUUCGACCCACCAGAGCCUCUACAAGAGGAAGUUUCCGGCAAUUUGCUGGUAUAUGACACCGGCGGAAUGCUUUCUCAGGUCAUCAACUUCCCAUCCUGGCCUGUAGCCACCGCCGACAUCUUCAAUGAUCAGAUCAAUCCAUAUUAUAAAUGGCCACCAAAACAGCUACAAACAGUAGCAAAUGAGGCUGAGGUAGCCAUUUUGGGGGAAGUGGAACAUGUUGAUGAUAAUGAUUGUGGUAAUAUAGUGAGUAAUCAUCAGUUUUUGAGCAUUAAUUCAGUCUCAUCAACAAAUUCUAUGCAGUUUUCUUCCAUGAACACUCAAGUCAAAUCAUCUUCUCCUUCCGAUGUUACAGCCAGCAUGAACCGUCCGGCUCAACUCUCUUGGGGUCCUGGUAGCAGCUGUGGAAGGUUAGUGGAGGGUCAAGGUCUUUCUCUGUCAUUAUCGUCUUCAUUACAGAACUUGGAAGCUGCUGCAAAACUAGAGGAAUUGAGGGUGGGAAAUAAUGGGAUUUUCUUCUGUAAUCAUGGAGAGGGGCCUUCUAUGAAUCCAUAUGAAUCAAAGAACUUGGAGAUUAAUCAACAACUAUUACAUUCACAAGGAAUUAGAGAACACAAUUCUCAAGUUCUAGUUGGGUUUGCAGCAACUCAGAGAACUGAGAAUGGUUUGAGAAAUUCUAGGUAUUUGAAGGCUGUUCAGGAAUUGCUGGAAGAGUUCUGCUGUGUUGGAAGGGGCCACUUCAAAAAUCAGACUCUCAAGAAGCAUAACAGAACCCAUAAUUCUAAUUUAGACAAUCAUAGUGGUGCUUCUUCAGCCGUUACUUCAUUGAAGGACCACCCACCAUUAUCAGCUACUGCAAAGUCUGAAUACCAGAGGAAAAAGGUCAAACUGUUGUCUAUGCUUGACGAGGUGAGUUUGCGGUACAACCGUUACUGUGAACAAAUGCAAAUAAUGGUUAACUCGUUCGAUUCAGUGAUGGGUUUUGGGGCUGCAGUUCCAUACACAGCCCUUGCCCAGAAGGCAAUGUCAAGGCAUUUUCGCUGCACCAAGGAUGCAAUAGUGGCUCAAUUGAAGCUUACUUGUGAGCUUCUUGGAGAGAAAGAUGUGACAGGUACAUUCGGCUUGACGAAAGGAGAGACACCCAGACUUCGGCUGCUUGAGCAGCAGUUGAGGCAGCAGAGAGCCAUUCAGCAAAUGGGAAUGUUGGAGCCUGAAGCUUGGAGGCCCCAGAGAGGCUUGCCUGAGCGUUCUGUUAACAUAUUGAGAGCCUGGCUUUUUGAGCAUUUUCUUCACCCGUACCCAAGCGAAGCAGACAAGCAUUUGUUGUCUCGACAGACUAGUUUGUCCAAAAGUCAGGUAUCGAACUGGUUCAUUAAUGCCAGGGUUCGGUUGUGGAAACCCAUGGUGGAGGACAUGUACCAAGAAGAGGCCAAAGAAGAUCAAGAGGCUUCAGCAAAAGAAGCUAAUGAACCCAACUCUCAAGAAGAUCACUACCAAUACAGCAUCUCUGCACAAAAGCCAAUGUGUGAUACUACAACAUCAAUACCAUUGUCAGCAGGCAAAAGAUCCCACAUCAGUGCACCAGACAAGGACCAUUCAAAGAACACCAUCAAUUAUAGGCAGAACUUCUUGGGAAACCAACAUAUGAUCCAGGGUGUAAACAUGGCGUCCUCGCUUGUUAGGCUUGGGACUUCGGCAGGUGAAGUGUCCCUCACUCUGGGACUUCGGCACACCGAAAAUGUACCAAAGAAGAGCCCGCUCUGAAUAGGAAUAUAAAACAUACGGAUAAGUAUUCAGAUUAAGCAAAGCAGGUCGUCAUUUUCUAUCAGGAGCGCUAUGUCAUUAACAAUUUCCUGCCUAUAUAUUUCGGAUGCUUGGAGGCCCAAAGGGCAAGAAUUGUGUAAGUUAGUAGUAUUAAUAUGAUAGAUUGUUGUUUGAGAUGGAUGGUAAUUGUAUAGGAUAAUUGUUCUGGUCAUUUUCUUGUUGAAGUUUGGCUAUUUUAAUCUUCAGGGCUUUAAGAGUCAUAAGAGAACAAGAGGGUAAAUGUUAUUUUGCAUGUGCUAAAGAAACUCAAACUUAACUAGAUAUCAUUGUAAAUUAUUUGUAUGGCAAUUUGCUAGAAGAUCAAAGAAUUCUCAGCAGCUUACUUCUUCC